AUGAAACUGAUAGAUUUUGCCUGUAUUUUUGAUAUUGAUGGUGUUAUUACAAAAGGUCCAAAUUUUAUAAAAGCAGCAAAACCUGCUAUUCAAGCAUUAAUUCAACUUAAAAUACCUGUCGUUUUUCUUUCAAAUACAUGUGUAUUGGAAUCAGAAAAGGCCAAACAAUUAUCAUCUAUGCUUGGAAUUAUUAUCAAUCCAGAUCAAGUUGUACUUGCUCAAACACCAAUCUGUACUUUUACAGAAUAUCAUAACAAACAUGUUUUGAUAUCUGGACAAGGUCCUACAGAAGAAAUUGGUCGACUUCUUGGUUUUAAAAGUAUAACAACAAUCGAAAAAGUAUGUAAAGCAUUUCCAGAUUUAGAUAUGGUGGAUCAUAUGAAUCGAGCUAAAUUAAGUGAAAUGAUAAAAACACAAGGGCUUGUUCGUGAUGAAAAUUUCCGUCCCAUUGAUGCCAUUCUCUUACUUGGUGAACCGAUCAAUUGGGAAAGUUCAUUACAGGUUAUUACUGAUCUUCUUCUAACGGAUGGCAAUCCAGCAGUUGUACCUGUUGAUAAAACAAAUGAUUGUAAUCAUAUACCAGUUAUUGCUUGCAAUAAAGAUUUAGUUUUCAAAGCUGCCGCUGAUCUACCACGUUUUGGUCAUGGAGCUUUUCUUACAUGUUUAGAAACUUUAUAUAAAAAACUUAGUGGAAAGGAAUUAAAAUAUAAAGCAUUUACUGGUAAACCAUUUGAAAUUUCGUUUCAAUAUGCUGAAAUUAUUGCAAAUAAAUUAGCAUUUGUUAAUGGACAAUCAAAAAUUGAUCGAAUUUAUUUUAUUGGUGACAAUCCUGAUGUUGAUAUUGUUGGUGCAAAUAUAUAUAAUGAUUUACUAAAACAAGAUAUGAAUUGUAAAACUAGUACUAGUGGAUAUGAUUUAAUUCAGGAUUCACAAUAUUUAAGUGCCACUAUAUGUGAAUCAAUUCUUGUAUGUACAGGUGUUUAUGAUCCAAAUAAACACAUAAUUGAUGAUACAGAACCAUGGAAAAUACCAACGACAAUUCAAGGUGAUGUUUUAGACGCUGUUAAAUAUGUUCUUAAUAAAGAACAAUGCCCAUGGAAUUUUUAA